CCGCCCUAAACCGGACGUCUGUCGCAAUACCAAGACUCAGCUGUGAGAGGCAGCGUAGUGCCAAAGAGUAACUAGACCGCUUGGAAAAAAAAAUACUGUGGAUGAAAGAGUUGCAGCCGGAGGUGGAUUUUUGAAGAACUGUUUGUUUUGCAGCUCUGCUCACCGGAUUCAUAAAUAUUGAACAGGUUGAACGUUUCCGAUCGUGGGCCCUGAUCGGAGAGGGGAGGCAAAAUCACCCCCCGCAACCACAGGAUAAUCGCUCGCGAUAAUCUUUCAGAGACGUCCGGCAGUCAAUCGGGCCUUUGUCGACUUUGAAGAAUGCGCACGAUGUGGCAUUUGUGUAAGGAAGCGGUGCGUUUGGCGCGUCACAGAUGAAAGCGCUUCCUCCCCGAGAGAGCUUUUUGAGUCCUCAAAAUCACUGACCUCACUUCUUCUUCUCUCACUCGCUUAUUUGUACUUGUUUGCUUCAGGGGUGCGCCUCGUUUCUGGUGAGUCUCGACGUCCCCCUUUUUGUUGACCCGACUUCGGCUCGGCGUUUCGGUUUCCGCUUUGUAGUUUUGACCGGGUGAGCUCUUGACCUACUGUGGCGAUUUUAUGAAAUGUUGUGUGAAAUGAAGAAUAUAUUCCAUUCAUCUUCACAUUUUUAGAACAAUUUUGAGUUGUUUUUGUAACUGUCCUAAUUAUUAAACUUAACUUUUUUUUUAAUAAUUUCUUUACAAUUACUAAAACAGCUAAAGAGGAAAACAGUUCAAUUUCUGAAAUAACAUGUACAAGGCAACAAUCAUGAAUGGUAAAUUUUAAAACAACCCAAUUUCUUUUUGGGUAUUUUAUUUGGAAUUAUUACUACUAUUAACCCUUUCCGGGCAGGGGUUGCAAAAUCUAAAAUUUCAAGUCCAGAGUAUCAUUUUCUGAAAGUAUCGAGAUUUUUCUCUCUGCAAAAUUUUAUUCGGUCCAAAGAGGGUUAAAGUUUAGCUAUAUUGGAAGAUUUUCUGAUGAUUUUUGUUAUACUGAUGUUAUGUGGUAUGCAAAUACAAUAACUUUUGAAAAAUUAUUCUCUUUAAAGCAGCGGUGUCAAACUAUUUUUUUGUCGGGGGCCACAUUGUGGUUAUGGUUUCCCGAAGAGGGCCAUUAUGAUAAAUAUUUAAUAGCUUCAUCAUGUUUACAUCAAUUUAUGAUCUAUUUUUGGAAUCAGAAAUGGAACCAGUUAUAGUUUUUCAACUAUUUUUCAUAUUUGGUCAUUCAAAAAUUCUCAUAAUAUCACAACGUUAUUAUUUAUGGAAUACGAGAAUUUGAAAUUUUGGAACCAGGUUUUCACAAGAACCAUGGAAGGUGACAAACUAGAUUUGCCUUUGCGGGGGCGCAUAAAAUCGUGUGGCGGGCCGGAGAUGGCCCCCGGGCCUUGUGUUUGACACCUGUGCUUUCAGGCAAUCGAGUACAGUUUGUCGUUUUACAUUGCCGACCUGGAGGCGGUUGAAGUAAACAAGUAAUUCGAUAGUAUUAGUUCUAUGACUCUAUACAUAUUGAAACUAUAUGUAUAUUUUACUAUAUAUCUAUAUUUCUUUCACUUUUUUUCUUGAUUCAUCCUGACACUUGACGGUGGUUCCAAGCUCCAAUGUGUACUGUCAUCUGUGUAAAUAAAAGCAGCGUGACACCUCCUGUCAAAUUGGUUUUCUGCUGCUAUCUGGUGUACAGCUCAAAUACUCCAUGUGAUUUUUGUAUUUAAGACUGGAACCACCGCGGUGCUUUCAAAUGGUCUGCACUCUUUCAAGGGCGGGGAAUAUACAGAUUGCUUUACGGGUUGAGCGUCGGGUUGUCCUCCCCCAGGAGCAAUGCCUCGUUCCUUCCUGGUAAAGCGAGGAGGGCUGAAUCCACUUCGGUCAGAACAGAGGUUGAGCCUAGCCGAUAAAGAGAAGGUGUGCCGAGAUUCAUCCCUGGGGGACGCCGCGGAGGGUAACGGCACGGUUGGUGUCGACUCGCUGCAGCCGGUUCCUCGGGGCCAACACUUUGAAGACAACGGCAAUGUCGAAGAGUCCAUCACGUGGCCAGAUAGCCAAAGCUCAUCACGACUGGACGUGUCUCAUCAGAACGCAAAAACACUUUCGACUAGUCAACAUUGUCCGCUCUGUGGCAAAGUAUUUACCCAUUUAACCAGUUUUAAGAGGCACCUAUACAAGAGUCACGGAAUCAGUUCCUACACAACGGAGGGCCAAUCGUGCAAGGGCAAGGACGUCAGGGCGUUCGGCUGCAGCGUGUGCGGCAAAGUGUUCAAGCGCUCGUCCACGCUGUCCACUCACCUGCUCAUCCAUUCCGACACGCGGCCCUACGCCUGCCAGUACUGCAGCAAGCGCUUCCACCAGAAGUCGGACAUGAAAAAGCACACUUUCAUACACACGGGCGAGAAGCCCCACGUGUGUCACAUAUGCGGCAAAGGCUUCAGCCAGAGCUCCAACCUCAUCACGCACAGCCGCAAGCACCAAGGUGACUGGCCCCACCGCUGCCCUCGCUGCCUCUUCAGCUUCCAGGAGCCGGUGGACCUGUGGCGGCACCACUGCGCCCGCCGCUGACGCCGCCCUCUUUGGCGCCGCUUCGGCGGGCACAGGAGAUGGAUCCGCCAUCGAAUCCAGAGAGGUUCUGUUGGGUUUGUGGAAUUCGGACACUUGAUGUCUUUGAGACAGUACGACUUGAGACCGAGAUGAAGUUAGCAAAGUUAGCACAGGAAUAGAUCCUGCGACCUCUCACUUGUUGCAUGCUGGACUUCAUUUUGUUUUUCCUGAUCCUUUCAACAAAUAAAAAAAUGUCGCAUCCGCA